AUGCCACAACAAACAAUCGAAAACCUCAUGGGUCAACUGAAGAAAGAGGUUGCCGCAAAGAGCUACGUCGAUAACAGACUUGGCCAGGCAAUCGAGCCCAGAUACGACCACGCAAUCAGAAACAAGGUCAACACUCAAAGGGAGAAGUAUAUCAGGUGUCUGUUCUGCCAGAGGGACGCGAAACGCUGCGCUAAUGCAGGAUCAUGCUCGGAGAAUAAAUGCGACACCCUUCUUCAAAAUGAAACGGUACCCGAAUUAAGACGCCGUGCGAAAUAUCCCGGCUACUCCGGCUGUAUGAACAGCUGUGGGGGUAUGUUUUGUGGAUGCUUUCUGCCCUUACCUAGCUGCUGGUUUUAUAAAAUCGCCCACAGGCCAGUAUCCGACCGAAUAUUCGAAAUCGUACAAUGUCCCCAUUGGACGACGACAGUAAAACUAGACAUUGAAAUAACAAUAGCUAACCGAACAGAAAAAGUCGAACGAUCAUUCAUCCCCUAUAUCGUUGGUAACUCUAGCAAUUUUAAUAUCACAGUGACAUCAAUUCAAAGGCCACUUUAUUCGCUAGAAAAUAAGCGCUUCGCAGUUUCCAAGGAUAAAGCAUAUCUCUUGCCGCAUAACUUCCAACUUCCGGUAGCAUGUAAUACACCAACACAAGCACUAGAAGAUAUUGCUAACUGUUCUAACAGAAUCCAGUGCAGUUGUGGGAAUUCACCUUAUAGUUGUCAAUGCCCAGACGAUUCGUUCCAUAAAAUUUGUGAUAACCCACAAAAUAUAUUGCCUCUGAAAACUCCUCACGCAACUAUCAUGGUCCGUGACGGGGAUAUCGUUGCUUCGUCCAACGAGGAGGAAAUGGCACUACGAAUUGAGUCAAAGAUACUACAAGAUGUGCUAACAGGCUGCUGUGACUGCACACUAGGAGCGCCUUUCACAGCCAUUUGUAAGUCAUUAGUUGAGGCUACUGGUAACAGUCACUUGCCAAGAUCUCAGCAAUUUUUGGUUAAAUGCGGUCUUCAGAUGAAGAGAAUCUCAUGGAGUACCUCUAAAAACCAGUGGUUCAAUGAUAUUAGUUUACCUAAUAUUGAACCUUUAUUAAAUACCAUUACAAACCACUGGAAGUUGACGUUAGCUGCUCUCAGUUCAAUACUUGGUUUAGCAGCCUUGACUUACUUGGGUGGCCCAGUGCUAAUCCUCUAUUUAAUUUCCCUAGUAAACUCCGUCAUUUCAACUGUUCUCAGAUAUUUGUGGAAGGCACUUUCUCACUGUGUCAACUAUAUGAGAGGAAAACAAGCUCAUACUGAGAACCCCAGCAUGUGA